AACAUGAGAAUUCUCAUUUCUUUCUCUUUCUGUCGUAAUUUCUUCAAUAUCGUGAGGAAACCCAUUGUUUCUAAUUACUGGCUUCUUCAAAAUAUUUAUUUAUUUUACUUUAAAAUAACUUCUGUUUGUUUGUGUCUUGGCGUCAUGCGUCAUCUGAAAAUGAAAUGAUUAAUGACAUUAGUAGAUUGUCAAUACUUUUUUAUAGAGCUUCAGACUGAGGGCUCAAUUCUUAGGUCACAGCACGCCAGUGCUCCAAUUUUUGUAAAUUACUUACAUCUAAGUUUAAAGAAUUUACGUCAAUUCUUUCAAAGUGGAAAUAUGAAUAAACAUCAAUGAAAAAUGUUUUAUGACAUCACACAAAAUAUCACCUUUCGUUUUCUUAGAAAAACUUCUAUAUUGUUUUUAAUGAGUAAUAAGAAAUUUCAAAGUUAUCCUUUUAUCAGAAUCUCAUUAGAAAUUCAAAUUGAAUUGUGUUAUUUUGUCUGUAAAGACCAUAGUGAAAUCCCAUAACAUUCUUCAGGAAAUCGAAAUGGGAAUCCAUUAGUAACCAUAGAGUAAAAUAUCCAUCCAUGGCCGAUUUCGUCGCUGUCAAGUCUUUUAUUUAAUUUCUGUUUCUAUUAUGAAGCACCUUCAAUGAUUUUAAGUGGGUUUAUAGUGUGGAAGUGAUCGUGAGGCGGCGCGGUCUCGGUGAUACUGCUCGUUGGCCGGCAGCACCAUGUUCAGUGGCACGGUGCGAGUACGGGUUUGCGAGGCGACGGGUCUUAGGCCGACCGACUUUCAGAAACGGCAUAACAUGACCUUCGGAAAGCCAGACGACCAGCCGAUAGAUCCGUACGUGUCGAUAGAUGCCGACGAGCACCAUCUAGACCGUUCCAGCACUAAGCCCAAGACAUUCGAUCCUGUGUGGAAUGAGACCUUUAUUCACGAAGUCCAUAAUGUUGGCAGUUUGGGGAUAACGGUGUUCCACGAUGCUGCCAUACCUCCAGAUGAUUUUGUGGCCAAUUGCACAAUCCCUUUUGAAGACCUCAUGCACAGAGACAAGGAUGCCACAGACUUUUGGGUGGAUCUAGAACCUCAGGGGAAACUGCAUUUGAAGAUAGAUCUGAAAUGGAAUUCUCAAGCGGGCGUGGAGGCGCCGCGCGGGGCGGGCGCGGGCGCGGGCGCCGCGGGCCGCGAGUUCAAGGAGGGCGCCGGCUUCGCGCGCCGUCGGGGGGCCAUGCGGCGCCGCGUGCACCAGGUCAACGGACACAAGUUCAUGGCCACCUUCCUGCGACAGCCCACCUUCUGCAGCCACUGUCGGGAGUUCAUCUGGGGUUUAGGGAAGCAAGGCUAUCAAUGUCAAGUGUGCACGUGCGUGGUCCACAAGCGCUGCCACUCGUCCGUCGUGACCAAGUGCCCGGGCAUGAAGGAAGAGGUAAGACAGCAGAGCGCGGUGGGCGUGUCGGGCGGGCAGCGCUUCAACGUGAACGUGCCGCACCGGUUCGUGGUGCACUCAUACAAGCGGUUCACAUUCUGCGACCAUUGCGGCUCGCUGCUCUACGGACUCAUCAAGCAGGGCCUGCAGUGCGAAGUAUGCUCCAUGAACGUGCACAAGCGAUGUCAUAAGAACGUGGCGAACAACUGCGGCAUCAACACCAAGAUGAUGGCGGAGAUACUCAAUGAGAUGGGCAUCUCUCCGGACAAGAACCCACGACCCCGCCCUUCCAAGUACCUCAACGCGGCGCUGCUGGAGGGCGCGCCCGACCUCGCCUCCUCCGGGGACUCCGACAACAAGGACCCCGACAAACACGACGACAAAGGUGUAGACGCGCCGGCGUGGGGCUCGCACUGGGCGGAGCUGCAGGAGAUAUUCACGUGUUACGACACCGAGCCUGAAGGGGAGGAGUGCGCGGGAGGGCAGGACAAGGUGUCGCUGGACGACUUCCACUUCAUCAAGGUGCUGGGCAAGGGAUCGUUCGGCAAGGUGAUGCUGGCGGAGAAGAAGGGCACGGACGAGGUGUACGCCGUGAAGGUGCUGAAGAAGGACGCCAUCAUCCAGGACGACGACGUGGAGUGCACGCUGACGGAGCGGAGAGUGCUGGCCCUCGCGGCGCGGCACCCCUUCCUCACGGCGCUGCACUGCGCCUUCCAGACGCGCGAGCGCCUGUUCUUCGUCAUGGAGUACGUGGACGGCGGGGACCUCAUGUUCCAGAUCCAGCGCGCGCGCAAGUUCGACGAGCCGCGCGCGCGCUUCUACGCCGCCGAGGUCACGCUCGCCCUCACCUUCCUGCACCAGCAUGGCGUCAUCUACCGCGACCUCAAGCUCGACAACAUCCUGCUCGACAGCGACGGCCAUUGCAAGCUGGCCGACUUCGGCAUGUGCAAGGAGGGGAUACUCGAUGGAGCCACCACUACUACAUUCUGCGGAACACCCGACUACAUCGCACCGGAGAUCCUGCAAGAGCUGGAGUACGGUCCAUCAGUGGACUGGUGGGCGCUGGGAGUGUUGCUGUACGAGAUGCUGGCGGGGCAGCCUCCCUUCGAGGCGGACAACGAGGACGACCUGUUCGAGUCCAUCCUGCACGAUGACGUGCUGUACCCCGUGUGGCUGUCCAAGGAGGCCGUGUCCAUCCUCAAAGGGUUCAUGACGAAGAACCCCGUCCGGCGCCUCGGCGUCUGCGGGGGCGCCGCCGGCAUCCGGGCGCACGUCUUCUUCAAGGACAUGGACUGGGACGCGCUCGCCCAGCGCCGCCUGCGGCCCCCCUUCCGCCCCAAGCUCAGCAAGCGCGAGGCGGCCAACUUCGACGCGGAGUUCACGAAGGAGGAGCCCGUCCUCACCCCCGUGCCGCACGACGUCGUCAGGGCCAUCAACCAGGAGGAGUUCCGCGGCUUCUCGUUCGUGAACAAGGACUUCAACCCGGCGCCCGCGGCCGACAAGCCGGCGCAGGCCUGAGGGGGGGCGCGGGGGGCGGAGGCCGAGCUGUCUCUAGUCACGCGACGUCGCCGGAGCGCACGCGCAUCUUUAUGUUACCGUAGUAGUAGCGCGCGACCACUGUUAGUAUCGCCGUCGGACGAAGUAUUAUUUUUGUUACGUUUUAUUAUUUACUUUGUACGUAUUUUGAAUGUACGUUGUCUGUCUUUAGUGUAUGUUAGUUUAGGUGCGCUCGAGUCUCUCACUGCGAUAUUUUUAUAUCACGUGGACGUUAUUUCACUUAAAUGACUUGACAGGAUCUUUCGUCUUAAUAGAUAGAGUUUGAACGCCAAGCAAUCGACCGAUACAAGCCGAGCAAGUCUACAUAGCGUCUGAUAUUUGUGCAAUCACAAUAGCAAGAUGCAGCGUUGUCCCCAGACAGGCUGCCGUCUGAUGUUAUUCCUAAGAUGAAUACCUCAAGUAUCAAGUACGCUUACGUGUGUCGGGCUCGAACUGUCUCGUACGCGGCGGGGCCCGUACUUGUGGGCGCCGUACAGCAGCUUUAAGUAUCUCGUAGCAUUUACAGACGUUGCCGUUUCGACUUGCCCACGGAUAUCUUAUGAUGUUUCUGUCCAGUUCCGGCGUGGCACUCUCCACGCUGACAACUAUACAAAGCGUUGGUUCGGUGACUAUAUUUCCACGAAGUCCUAUAUUGAUGAUAUAGAGCAAUUAUGAAUUGUUGUAAAUAUUGAACAAUACAUACUAUGCGGUACCCGCGGCGCCGCCCGCGGGUGGAAGCUGUAAACCCCAUAAGCAUUAGUAGAGUGUUGUUGUUGCGAGUACUUCGUGUCUGUGUGUGUGUGUGUGUACGUGUGUAUAUGUGGAGGUGUGUCAGUGUGCGUGCGCUGAAGACGGAUGUAGGAGUGUCGCUGUAGUUGAAGUUGUUUUAUUAAAGUUACGACGUACCUAUUUAUCGGUGCUUUGAAUUUAAACUCGAUGUUUUUGUAUUGAUUGGGUGUUGUGUUCGUACGGAUUACCCCUCGUAGGCACUGGCGUUAAGAAAUAACAGUCCAACAUUUGGUUGAACCCCUCGCGCGUAAUAUUUAUUUGAAUGACAAGUCCGCGAUAUUCUGGCGCGUCUACGCUGUACAGGUGGAAAUAAAAUAAGGUUUAACUUGCAGAGUAUAUUUAUUGUUAAAAAGAAUAUUUACAUUUAUAUAGAUUAUACUUUAUACCGUGGAGUCUAAGUGUCGUUAUCUGACUUGUCAGAGUUCAGGUUUAACUCGCGUGAGAGACGUGUCCAGGGAGAAGUAUCGCUUUCUUAGUUAGACGGAGGGCGGUCUCGCAACCAGUGGCGAGCGGGGCCCGGCCCGCGGUAGGCCGGCCCGGGCCCCGCGUGUCCUUCUAGUCCCGCGUCCCGCGUCCCGCGUCCCGCAAUACUCAGCGUUAGCAGCCCGGCUACUGGCGCGCCGGCUAGUUGAGAUUCUCUUUACAUAAUAUUUUGUUACAUUUUUUUACGAAAUAUUUUUAUUAUAUUUUGAUCGUACUUUAAGUACAUAUACGUUAUUUUUAUAUUAUUGUCUGUGUGUUAUAAUCAAAGUUUUGUUUACUUUGUUAAUCAGGUAGAUAAUUAUUUAUUAAUCAGUACAUUGUAAGGGAAGUUUGGGCGGGCCGAGUGGCCGCCGUAUUCUGAGUUAAGUAUUAUUUGGUUAGUAGUUAGUUAGGUCGUAAUACCAAAGUUUAAGUUUCCACUAACAUAAGCGCGAGCUCGCAGCGACGCGGCGCGACCCAGCGCCCGGCCGAGCGAUAGCACAAACGUAUUGCUUUACGUAGUCGGUACUGUAUAAUAUUAUAUUAACUAAUGUAAUUACUAUAUUAUUAUAUAAAUCUCUGUACGUGUUCCCGUUAUUAUUGCUAUUUAUUAACUCUUGUGUUUAUAUGUCUAUCUUUGGGUGCGUGUAGUGAUUGCAUCUCAUUAUCUACGCACUAAGGCUUAGUUUACUUUGUUAAGAUGUCUUGAUUUCGUGGCCAUUUUGUUUGUAGUGCGGCGGGAAGCCAGGCACUGGCUACUGCCUGCCUGCAAGUACGUACGAUGUCGAGUCGAGUCUCUGCCACAGUGGCCAGUGCAGGGCCGGCCCCGCACGUGGACGUCAUACUAAUAUAAAGUAAAUUAACUAGGCAUAGAGUAUGAUAGUGGUACGUUACGCGCGCCGGCGGGUGUCGGCGCAGCUCGAGUUAUCCAUUUAUUCGUAAAUAUUUCAUAGUCGUGUGUUGUUCACAUUGUGGGUUUACCUGUACUCGGGACCGGCUCCGGUUCGCGUCCGGCUCGCGGCCGGCUCCGGCCCGACGUCGGGAUUCCGUUACUAUAAGUAUGUACGAGUACUACUCUAUCUCCGGACGCACGUGUGUUCUCAUUUCCGACCUUAUUGUAACAAGAGUUAAGCGAAACGUUUUUGAAAAUUAUUUUUAUUUUUUUGAGAUUUUACACGAUCACUUUAUUUAAUUGUGAGGUUCAGAUGUAUUAUUGUUUGAUGAUGUUAUAACUUUAUUGAUUAUUACGUAAUAGCUGAUAAUUAAACGUAGUACAAUUUAAAGUGUAGUCGGAGCGUACUGCAGUCGCCGAGUGUAAUGUACAAACAUGAGACGGAGCACAAAGUAAAGCUAUUUAUAUAGAGAGAGCACGCGCCACAUAGUUGAUGUCGUAGGCGGGGACCACCCUAGGAAGCGUCCUUGUCAAUGUUCAAUAUUUACCGAAACGAUUACCUCCUUAACUAAGUUUAAUGAAAGAGUAACGCUUUAUAACUGUCUGUCACCGACUGUGCCAAAGUAUCCCAUCGUGUAACAGGUGACCAUAGUCUCGCCGGGCGACGCCCGCGUCCGGUAUAAAUAGCUUGCACGGCUUGUGCUGCGCUGUCCGCCGUACGCUGUGCGUACUGCGCGUACUGGGCCCACCCGGACGAUACGACUGUUUCUGCCCAGUGAGUCCACCUUGCAGGCUAAUAUUGUCGAUGGAAACAUUUAGUUUGGCCUAACGUAGUGAAGAAUGAUGAAUGAGUCGUACCGGCCGGGUGUGCAGAAGUCGCUCGUCUGUCCAGUAACAGAAACGAAGAGUAAUAGAGUUACACUGUUUAAUGCCAUUUUGUAACAUAAGCCAUAUUUACGCUAGCUGUAACUUGACAUAUCACGCUGUAUUAUUUUGUCUAUGUAUUUUAUAUUUUAUUAUUGUUGUCGGCUUGUGCCUGCUGUAAGCUAGUGCGGCCGGCGUCAGCAAGGCACGUAGUUACCAGCGUGCCCCGCCAGCCCCGGCCGCACUCAGGCCGCGGCCGCAGCCUGCCGCCGUGCCCCGCCCGCAGGCUUUGUCUCGCCUUAGUGCAGGUCGGCCGGUCCUCCUGUGUGGCGGCAGAGCUUACUGAAGCAAUAAUAUACACACUUGUAACUCUUGUUUAGCCGCUAGUUAUGUUAUGUUUAAGGAUUUCUACUUGUCUUACAUUUCCCCGUGCACAGUAUCCAUAAGUAUGGAAAUUGAUGUGUUAAGCUCGCCGGCACACGUGAGGAGCGAGCUACGUUCUGUAGUGGCGAGUGACGCCUGCAGGUGCGGGCGCGGGUACCAUCUAGUUAUUUUUUACUAAUUUUGAAUGCUUAUAAAUAAAAUAAAUAUAUUUUACGCUUCCCAGAGGUGUUAUAUAGCCAAAGAGUGGAUUAAUAUUUGUACAAAUCGGCUGAAAGCCCUUAUUUUGUUGUGUAUUAGUUGGAAUACAUAUUUAUUGUCUUGCCAUCAUAUACAGAUGUAGGUAACUGUUUGGUGGGAACAUGUGUUGUGUUGUAAUGUCGUCUACACUCGGACUCUGAAUCUCUCCUAGGUAAACGUAUUUAUUCGUUGGACAAUAUUAUGUUUAUUAUUACAAAGAGCGUAUGUAUGUUUUGUUAGUUUGACUUAACAUUGUGUAACGCCGCGCCAGUACAGAUAGAUAUUGGUAUAUUAAUAUAUAAGUUUGGUAGUGGCGGCCGUAGUAGCGGUUGCCCGUACGGCGCCGGUGUGACCUCCGCUCGCCCAGAGCUCGGACAUGUUGUCAUUUAAAUCUGAUGAAGUAAAAACUUGAAUCGAAUAUUGAAACGUCCUGACGGGUGCUUUCACCCUUAAUUAUAAGAACUUGAUGUUAAUGACUUUUAAAUUGUGAUCUGAUCGUUUGGAAUGUAUUUAUAUAUUGUUUACUGAGUUGUAGACGACAUUACGACGGGUACUCUAUAGUUUGUGUUAAUUAUUUGUAGCUAACACGGAGGUUAUGAAGUCUGCCGGACUGUGUCGCGGCUGUACUCGCUCGGGCGGCGCCCCGGGGACCGCGACCUAUCAUAUAUAACUGUUAUUUAUAUACAACGUUGAUAAUAAAUAAAUUUGUAUUAUACGACAAAUAUUUUAUAAAGUAAUAUGAAUGUUCCAUAGCUAUUUAAAUAUUACCCGCAAGGUCCCCAGCGCGGCGCGGCAGCGAGUGCAGCCUCAUAUUACUGUAUUUGUUGUCUGUUCACGGAUCACUAUUAGAACACAUUAGCUGAGUAAAUUAAUACAUAUAAUAUAGUUUUAUGAUGAAAUAAAGUAUGUAUAUGUAAUCCUACAUGUCUAUUAAAUCAAUGAAAAUAGAUUAUAA